GUGGGGGUAAGGGGGUGAGUAAGAAUAGGAAAGGCAAAAAUGGAGAAGAUAUUGAGAGUCUUCUUUGGCUAUAACGCUACCAACGACACCCUUCACUUCUCUAACCCUAAUAAUAUACUCACCCAAAAGCCCUUCUUUUUCUCUCUCUCUCUAUCAAUCUUCUAUAUUUUUCCUACUCUUUAUUUCAAUUUCAUCUCUGCUGUUCGCCGUUGCUGCUGCUGCUGCUGCUCGGUUCUCUGCCAUUCUCAAGUUUCCUGUUUGGUGCAACAAUGAACAAACUCAUUUAGCAAGUUGUCUUUUUGCCGCGAUUAAUACACGUGUUCCUGGUGGCCCUAGUUGUUUUACAUGUCAUGGAUGAGUCUGGUGGAACUCGAUUUGAAGGGCUCAAUGCUACUGUUAGAAAGAAAAGAAGCCUCAUGUUGCGGCGACCUAGACCAGAGAAGCCUUUUUUUCAUGAAGGCCGUGAUCAGUCUCCCUUAACACCAGUUUCAGAUGAUUUUGGUAGGGUUUCCAGUGAUGAGAACACUGAUGAUGCCAAUGCUGGACGUAAAAUGUUCAACCUUAAUCAUUGCAUGUCUAGAGGCUCUGUUUCCAGAGUGGAUGAGGACUACACUUUUAAGAAGAGUAAGGAUGGAGGAUCUAGUUUGUUAUAUAGUAAUGGAGAUCCAGGAGAUGAUACAUAUUCCCAGCAUGGCUCCUCUCUUAGGCAAACAGGAACUGUGCAGGAUGGUGUUGUCAAUGAUAGCAAGCUGAAGAAGGUUAAGCUUAAAGUUGGGGGUGUGACGCGCACCAUUCAAACCAAAACUGAUUCUCAUGGUGCAUAUGGUGGUGGUUUGUCUACAAAUGCACGAGCCUUGGAUGGUUCGCAGCCACGUCAGAAAUCCACUUCACAGGACACAUCAAGCAAAGACGGUCUUUCGGAAAAGAAAAGUGGGUUGCAAGGAAUUAUGUCAAGAGAUUCGCCCAAGGGUUCUUUUGCUGCUGGCAAAGGCGAUAUGGGGAAGAUGCCAAUGACGAAUCCCUUCGAAAAAGGAGGUGACAAAUCAGAUCCAACCCGUAAGAGUAAGAGGGUUCCAAAGAGGCGUGUAUCGGAAUGGUUUGAUGAGGAUGGGGAAGAUGAUGAGAUUCGAUACUUGGAAAAGCUUAAAACCUCGAAGAUUUCAGGAUAUAAAGAUUUUGAGGAGGAAUCGACCAACAAAAGAAGUGUUUCCCGGGUUUCAAAGGUUAGCAAGUUUGAAAAGGAUGAAAAUGUGGGAAGGUCAAGGAAGAAAUCUGAGCAAGGUUCUGAGGACACUGCUUAUGAGGUGGAAGAGUUCGUGUCUGAUGGUGAGGCUGAAGGAAAAAAGAAGCAGAAACAAAGGAAGGAAUCCUCAGAUUCAUCGAUCGAUGCGAUGAGAGGAGAAAUGACUCUUACAACACGACAACGAGCUCUCCUAUCUAGCAAGGAUUCUUCUGCUGCUGCUUCUGCGAGUCAGAUUGAGUUCCCUAAUGGUUUACCACCGGCUCCACCUCGAAAGCAAAAGGAGAAGCUCACUGAUGUUGAGCAGCAACUGAAGAAAGCAGAGGCUGCUCAGAAACGUAGAAUGCAAAAUGAGAAGGCUGCUCGUGAAUCAGAGGCUGAGGCAAUUAGGAAAAUCCUAGGACAAGAUUCUAACAGGAAGAAGCGAGAAGAUAAAAUAAAGAAGCGGCAGGAAGAGUUGGCUCAGGAGAAGGCUGCCAAAGAGCAGAUGCUUGCAAAAAGCACUAUCAGAGUGGUUAUGGGCCCUACCGGCACUGUUGUGACAUUUCCUGAAGAUAUGGGUUUACCUCAUAUUUUUGACUCUAAACCUUGCAGUUAUCCUCCCCCUCGUGAGCAAUGUGCUGGUCCUUCCUGCGUGAAUCCGUACAAGUAUCGUGAUUCUAAGACAAAACUUCCUCUUUGCAGUCUGCAGUGCUAUAAGGCAAUUCGUGAGAAGGAGCAGGCUUGA